AUGGAGGAGUGGGAACUAUGCGGGGAGAUAAAAAAAAGCACCCGAAAGUUCUAUUACGUCUCUGCCCGACCAAUCUUCAUGGUCCGCAAAAAGCCUCUUCAAGAGGAAAACGUUGAUCCAAUCCCACCACCACAACCAGCACAGAGGGUGGUCCGGGAGGAGGAAGAAUUGGAUACGCAGAUAGAAGCGAAUAAGGCAUUAGAACCCAUGGAGGAGGUUGAAGAGGUGUGCAUCGAUGAUACUGACCAGACCAAAGGAAUCCGAGUCAGGGGAAACCUGAACUCGAAGGUCAGGGCUGCCAUAAUUGCCCGGUUGAAAGAGAACCAGGAUGUCUUGGCUUGGUCUCACUCGAAUAUGACUGGGAUCGACGCCCUGAACAUUGACGAAAAUACAACUCCCGUCCGGCAGAAGCGGAGACCUCUAGGGGCAGAGAGGGCAUAUGCCCUCAAGUUAGAAGUCGAGAAUUUUUCCUCGAUCAACUUCAUUCGGAAGGCCCUGUAUCCCGUUUGGCUGGCCAAUCUGGUGUUAGUACCGAAGCCAAAUGGGACAUGGAGGACUUGCAUCGACUUCACCGAUCUUAACAAAGCCUGCCUAAAAGAUUGCUUCCCUCUGCCCCGGAUUGACCAGAUGGUAGAUGCUACGUGA